CGAGUAAAUAUCGAAAAUCACUCUCGUACGAUCGAACAAAAUUAAUCGAAUUACGGAUAAAAUAUUUCUGUAAUAAAGAUAAUUAGCUUUUUAUCGUUUUUAUAGUUUACACGUUGGAUUAUGAAGUUGUUUGCGAGAGAAGAAUUAGAAGAGAAGUUGCAGCGAUUAAGGAAAAGUUUUGCUAUAUUUUAUAACCUGGAAUGGUGGAGUGUAAUCUUCCUAAUAAUUUCCUAAUGUCGUUUGCAUCGAUACUGCAGUGGAGUCAAUCAAAGAUGCUUAAAAUGAGCCUGAUGCAAAGGAAUCUACUAUCAUGCUUGAUGAGCCUCUAUUUCCUUUUUGUGAGCGAGGCUUAUCAGAGGAAGGAUGGCAACAAGGAUGGUUCGAAAUUGAUAAGGAUUAAUGGCGAUAUUAUUCUUGGCGGAAUUUUUCCUAUGCACGAACAGGUAUGGGUAAGAUCACGUGGUGCUGGUACAAUCGGUGAAUCACCUUGCGGUGCAGUAAAGGAAGAAAAAGGUGUGCAACGAUUAGAAGCAAUGUUAUAUGCAUUAGAUGAGAUCAAUGGUGAUCUUGAGCUUCUACCAAACACAACAUUGGGUGCAUUAAUAUUAGAUUCAUGUAGCAGCGAGACGUAUGCUCUUGAUCAGAGUAUGGAGUUUAUGAGAUCUUAUAUGAACCAGGACAUUUCGGAAUACAAGUGCGAAGAUAAUAAACCACCUAUAUAUAUGCCCCAUAAACCAGUAACCGGAGUAAUAGGAGCUUCCUUCAGUGUAGUUUCCAUCAUGGUUGCUAAUAUUCUAAGACUUUUUAAGAUACCCCAAGUGAGCUAUGCGUCAACCAGUACUGAAUUAUCGGACAAAAGUCGUUUCGAGUAUUUCAGUAGAGUCGUACCACCAGACAGUUUUCAAGCGCAGGCCAUGGUCGAAGUGAUACAUCGUUUAGGAUGGAAAUAUGUUUCUACGGUGGCCGUCGAAGGUGAUUAUGGUGAAAAGGGCAUCGCCAGUUUUAUAUCGUUAUCCUUGGAAUACAACAUUUGCGUUGCUGUAAGCGAGAAGAUAUUACGAAAUUCGAAGACCGUAGACUUUGAUAGGAUCAUAGAGAGACUAAGCACGAAACAUAAUGCUCGAGGAGUCGUAUUGUUCGUUGAUGAAGAUAAUAUAAGAAAACUUCUUCAAGCUACAGUGAGAGCCAAUCGUACGGGUCACUUCAUGUGGGUUGGUAGUGACUCUUGGGGCGCUAAAGUUUAUCCGGUGAGAGAUCAAGAAUUUGCUGCGGAGGGUGCUAUCACUAUACUACCCUAUAGAACUGCUCUUCAAGGUUUUGACGAUUACUAUCUUAAUCUUCGACCAAGAAUGGCUAAUGAAUGUCAAGGACAAAGUGAAAAUAAUGUACCACACAAAUCAUUACCCGGAAAAAUAGUAAAUUGUAGGAACAUAUGGUUCCGGGAGUUUUGGUCGCAACAUCAUAAAUGCACUUUCAGUCAAAAUGCAUCGACCGAAAUGACGCGAUGUACUGGUACUGAAGAACUUAAGGAUUACGAACAAGAAGGACUAGUACCUUUUGUUGUUGAUGCUGUAUAUGCAAUGGCUCAUGGAGUUCACAACGUAAUAGAGGAAGAAUGCGUAAAUGAAUUUACUGGAAUGCAUUAUGUUUGCGAAGCUUUAAAGCCUGCACCCGAUGGCCAACAACUUCUACAGUAUAUCCGAAACGUUACCUUCUUUGGUCGUCAAGGUACAGAAAUUAAAUUCAAUACCAAUGGCGAUGCCUACGGGUUUUAUAAUAUCUAUCAAUAUCAACGUAACGAAGAAAAUCGUUUUGAUUACACUUUGAUUGGCACUUGGAAAGAAGAAUUGUUUUUUGAGAUCAAUAUGACCAGAUGGGCAACAGGAGCUGGUGAACUUCAUAUACCAAGAAGUUCCUGUAGUGAUAAUUGUCCUUUAGGUCACGUUAGAAAUUUCCAGGAAGCAUGUUGUUGGAGAUGUGUAGCUUGUCGAGAAGAUGCUUAUGUGUUCAACGACACUUGCAGCAGUUGCGGACCUGGAUACGCUCCUGACGAAACGAAAACAAGUUGCAUCAAACUAACAGCCGAAGUUAUAUCAUGGACGAGUCCUUGGGCAUUGGUACCACUAGUUUUCGCUUCCAUUGGCAUUCUCAGUACCCUUUUCACAACGUUUGUAUUCAUUCGAUUCAAUCGUACCCCAGUGAUCAUGGCUUCUGGUCGAGAACUAUGUUACGUUCUACUCGUUGGGAUUCUAUCUUGUUAUGGGAUGAGCUUCAUUAUACUGAGCAAACCAACAACAUGGAAUUGCACGUAUCUUCGUAUUGGUCUAGGCCUUUGCUUGAGUAUUUGUUACAGUGCAAUACUCACCAAGACUAAUCGUAUUUCACGUAUAUUUAAUCAAGGUACGAAAAGUAUCAAAAGACCUUCAUACACGUCGCCAAAGAGUCAAGUUGUUAUUGCUAUCGGGAUCACUGCAGUCCAACUGAUCGGUGCCAUCGUUUGGCUGAUUAUCGAACCACCUGACACUACAGAGAUCCAUCCGUAUCCACUCUCAGCUGUAUUAACAUGUCGUGUCUCAACGUUCUCUUUGAUGAUGUCUCUUGUAUAUAACAUGUUCCUCAUACUGAUGUGUACUUUGUACGCAUUUAAAACAAGGAAAAUACCAGAGAACUUCAACGAAGCUAAGUACAUUGGUUUUACCAUGUACUCUACCUGUAUAGUCUGGCUUGCCUUUGUACCAAUUUACUUUGGUUCGAAGAAUGACUACAAGGUAUCUAGCAAGUUGAUCAUUCAAAGAAAAUCAUUUACAGGACGAUUUACAGAAGUUUAUUCCAAAUAGGUCCAAAUAGCAAGCAUGUGUAUGUGUAUCAACAUCUCAGCGUCCGUUGCUCUUGGCUGUCUGUUCACACCAAAGGUUUAUCUUGUAUUAUUUCAACCUUACAAAAAUGUACGACCUGGUCCUAACCCAGGAGGUGUUCAUAGUAGUAAUAGACCAACAUUCAUGAUGCGAUUUUCGGGUGCGAGGAGUCAAACGAUGCAGAGCAUGACCUCAGGAUCACGUAGCAGCCCUCCCCCAUCACGAGCAUCUCGAAGUGAGCAAAAGCAUCCAAAUGGUGAAACUCAAGCACUGGCAAGCCCGUCAGUCGAAGAGACAUCAGUUAGCUAGGUCGCUCUCAUACACCUCCCUCCUUGUCCAGAGCAUCGUCCGAAGAUGCAUGAGACUGAGGUGGAGGUGUAUGUCGAUGAAGAAAUCAUAAGAACAACAGAGAAACUCUCGAUCGUUAGUGAAUUAUCAGAGUUGCCAGAUGUGCCGAGUCCUGACGAGGACUAUGACCUUGAACAGGUUCGAAAUCUAUCCAUCAUUUACUCUGACGUUAAGAAAAAGUCAUAAAUGAUUCUUUAAACGCGUUCACAAUUUCUUUUCGUUUAGGUAACUACGCCGAUCAACAGCAUCUCUGAAAAGAUAGAUGUCUCUACGAAAUUGAACGAUCGUUUGAACGAGGAACAUAUUGGACGUAUCUAUAGUGCAUCUCCAACAUUCUCCGAUUUUUCAUCAUAGUGGUCGACGUCAAUCGUUUCUUCAUUUCGUCGAAUUAUUCAAUUAUGAUCUAUACUCGAGUGCAACUUCGUACUCUCGAGAUAAAGUAGUAUAAAGAAAUCUUUUUACUAUUUCAAUCGGUAAGUAUGACUAUAAGAUCGUCCAAAAACACUUUUCAAAAAAUUUCGCAAAUGUUUUAAGGUUCUAAUCAAACAUAUGUAUUCAUACGCAUAUGUAAUGACCUAAUCGUUCAUUCAUAAAUGAUAUUUUUCAUAGUCAUUUCUUUCGUUGACAUCUUCGAAUAUAAUUCAGAAAACGGAUUAACGAUACUUGGUUCGUUUUUAUGAGAACAAUUUUGAUCCUAAUUAUUCGUUUUUAUCAUCUAUUUAUAGGGCGAAAUGUUUCUGUAAAAUAUACGAUAUAUGAUAUACAAUUGAUUUUUCAAUCGCGUUAAACGCAAUUAUAAUUAAUUAUCACGUCCGAUAAUUAAGACGAUAUUGUACAGAGUUAGAGGCAAAUUCUCACUUGCAGCACGAUAAGAAUUGCUAGGUAAGAGAAAAAACACUAUGAAUAAUGAUGAUAACGAUAGUUUUUAAUUCUAUAAAUAUUAUUGAUGAUCGUGUCUAUAUUCGUAGUAAGAGAAAUUAAUAGGUAUAAAGAAAAAUUCGAUUUUCCAUGUUUCUUUCAAUAUUGAUUUUUUUUGCAGAAAUACUAUUGCAUAUCGAAAAAAAAAGAAAAUGGAUUUAACUAUAGGACUAUAAGCGUCAAAUAUAAGACUCUUAAAUAUUUUCACGAACAUCGAUUUUAAAAUAUUUCUUCCUGAAUCGGCUGUAUUUCAUAUUUUUAUUGCAUCGUCUGUCUCGAAAAGCACUGCUGUUUUUUUGUAUGAUACUGUCUAAUAGAAUCUUUAUAUUAGAACAAAAGAAA